AUGAUCUCACUUGCUGCCCUCACCACGCUCUGUCUGGCAUUCUUGGGCACCCAGGCUUUACCUACUAACUCUACUCUUGAGCGACGUGCAGCGACUGUGUACACUAAAUGCACCACACCCAAUACUGUUGCAAUAACUUUUGAUGACGGGCCGUAUUCAUACACCUACGACAUUGUGAACGCCCUCGACGCUGCGGGUGCCAAAGGCACUUUCUUCGUCAAUGGCAACAACUGGGGCUGUAUAUACGAUCAGGCUAAUGUGGACCGCGUCAAAUACGCAUACAACCAUGGACACCAGCUUGCCUCGCACACAUGGGCGCACAAGGACCUGAACACGCUUACAUGGGAUCAAAUCCACGACGAAAUGUGGCGUGUUGAGCAGGCCCUGGUCAGGAUAACUGGCGCUUACCCAGCGUUCAUGCGUCCUCGUGAGUAUCCUGUUCUCGAUUCGACACCGCUGACCGCUGAUCUGGAAAUAGCAUAUGGAAACUACAAUAGUAUGGUCCUCGAUGCUUCCGGCAUCCGUGGUCAAGGCGUUGUCAUCUGGGACUUGGACUCCGGAGACUCCACCGGUGCCUCUGUCCAAUCUUCUAAGAACACCUACAGCAGCCGAAUUAGCGCCCACCCAAGCACCAUCUUGGCCCUCAAUCACGAGACAAUUGAAACCACGGCACACCAGGUGUUGCCAUAUGCCAUCCAGCAGUUGAAGGCAGCUGGGUAUAGGCUUGUAACUGUUGCAGAGUGCCUUGGAAAGCCUGCUUACCAGAGCGUUGUUGCACCUUCUCCUCGCGAUGUUCGUGUUUCUUUGACUUGA